AUGUUAGAUGAGAAAGCAGCAGCUUAAAUUGAUCUUGGAAAGAAGAAGGAAGGGGAAGAUGAAGAAGCAGCUGAAGGAGAAGAAGGAGAAUAAUAAGAAGAAUAACAAGAGGAAUAAUAAUAAGAAUAACAAUAAGAAGAAUAAUAAUAAGGUGAAUAAUAAGAAGGAGAAUAAGGAGAAGGUUAAUAAGGAGAAGGAGAAGAAGGAGGAGAAGCUAAGGAAGGUGAAGAAGGAGAACAAAAGAAAGAAGAAUAAGCUGAAGAAUAGAAGAGAGCUGCUGAUGACGAUCAACUCACUCCAUAAUCAUUGAGAAAGAGAGUUAAUUAAUUGAUUGAAAGUAUUACUUAUACAUCUUUCUAAUAUGCCAGAAGAGGAUUGUUCGAAAGACACAAGUUGAUUGUAUCAACUAUGCUUACUUUGAGAAUCAAUUUGAAAGCAGGAAAAUUACCAAAAGAAUAAGUUGACCAUUUGAUUAUUGGUAAAAUUGAAUUAAAUCCUCCUCCUAUGCCUGAAUCAUUGAAAUCAUUCUUGAAUGAUACUAUUUGGGCAUGUUGCAAAGCUUUGGAAUCAAUCCCUGAAUUUAAUGGUCUUGGAUAAAGUUUAGAAGUUGACAAUCUCCAAUGGAAGAAAUGGUAUAAUGAAGAAAAGGCUGAAAUCAGUGAUCUACCAAAGGCAUUCAGUCAUCUUAAGAAAUUCCAUAGAUUACUAUUACUAAGAACAAUGAGACCUGAUAGAUUGACAUCAGCUAUGGCUAAUUAUGUUGCUGAAGAAAUGGGAGAUAAGUAUGUUGAAUAACCUCCAUUCUCUAUCUUUGAAACCUUUAGUGAAAUGGCUCCAACCACACCUAUUUUCUUCGUCUUAUUCCCAGGAGUUGAUCCUACUCCUGAAGUCGAAAGAGUGGCUGCCUAAUAUGAUAUCACAUCAUUUAAUGGCAAAUUCAUCAACAUCUCUAUGGGUCAAGGUCAAGAAGAAAUUGCUAGAAAAGCAUUAUUGGAUUGUGCUGUUUAAGGACAUUGGAUUAUGUUACAAAAUGUACAUUUAAUGUAAAAUUGGUUGACAGGUCUUAAUGGUUUGGAAGGAUAUCUUGAAACAGUUUAUGCCAAACAUCAUCCAAACUUUAGGGUGUUCAUUUCAUCAGAACCUCCUCCUCUGCCUGAAAUGAAGAUUAUUCCAGAAUCUAUUCUAUAAGCAUCUGUUAAGGUCGCUAAUGAAGCACCUUAAGAUUUAAAGGCUAAUCUCAGAAGAGCAUAUGCUCACUUUGAUUAAGAAAACCAAUCAGAAUUCAAGGCAUGUUUGUUUGCUUUGUGCCAUUUCCAUUCCUUAGUCUUGGGUAGAAAGAAGUUUGGUGCUUAGGGAUGGUCUAGAAUUUACAACUUCAAUGAUGGUGAUCUAACCAUAUGUGCUAAUGUCUUGUAUAAUUAUUUGUCCAAAUAUGAUGUUGUCCCUUGGGAUGAUUUGAAAUAUAUUUUUGGUGAAAUUAUGUAUGGUGGACACAUUACAGACGAUUGGGAUAGAAGAACUAAUGCCACAUAUUUGAGAGUCUUAAUUAAACCAGAAUUAUUACAACCAAAUUUCAGUUUGGGUCCAGGAUUUAAAUCACCAGAUCCUUCAAGAUUCGAAUAUGAAUAAUAUAAGGGAUACAUUGAAAAGAAAUUACCAAUUGAAUCUCCAUAAAUGUUUGGUAUGCAUCCAAAUGCCGAAAUUGGUUACUUGACAUAAUAAUGUGAAACCUUAUUCAGUACCAUUUUGGAUGUUCAAGGAGGAUCUAGCAGUGGUGGUGGAGGUAAAAAAGAUGAUGGAGUCAUGACUUAAUUGACAUUAUUAAAAUCUACAACUCCUGCUGAUACUAAUUUGAUGGAUGUCACAGCUAAGGCAUCAGAAAAGACACCAGAUCAAAUUGUCUGUUUAUAAGAAUGUGAAAGAAUGAACAUCUUAUUAGGUGAAAUCAGAAGAUCACUUGAGGAUCUUAGACUUGGUAUGACAGGUGCUUUGAAUAUCACAGAUUAAAUGGAAGCCUUAUCUCUAUCAUUAUAAUUCAAUAAAGUCCCUGCCAGUUGGGAGAAGUUUGCCUAUUUCUCAAGAAAGGGUUUGGCUGCCUGGUUCAAUGAUCUAAUUGAAAGAACAAACUAAUUAGCAGUAUGGACACAAGAGAUGGUCACCCCAAUUUCAUUAUGUAUUAGUUAUUUGUUCAAUCCCAUGUCAUUUUUGACUGCCAUUAUGUAGAAGACUGCCAGAGAACAAGGAUUACCUUUAGAUGAUAUGGUCUUGUAAACAAAUGUUACAGCAAUCAAAGGACAUGAAGAAGUUACUGUUUCAGCUGAGACUGGUGCUUAUAUUCAUGGUUUGUAUUUGGAAGGAGCUGCAUGGGAAUUGGGUGGUUAAGGAUAAGAAGGAUAUUUGAUCGAAUAGAAAUAGAAGGAAUUACAUCCAAAAUUACCAGUUGUUAAUGUGAUUGCUGUGACUGCCGAGAAAAAGAAGAAGAUUGGAUAAUAUUAAUGUCCAGUUUACGUAACAUCAAUGAGAGGACCUACAUUUGUAUUUACAGCAAAUCUUAAUAUGGAAAAUGAGGAUUCAGACCCCUCUAAAUGGAUUCUCAGUGGUACUUGUCUACUGAUGAGUGAUGAUUGA